AUGGAAGUUGAUGCAGAAGUUGAAGAUCAAAUGGAGACAGACUCGAACUCACUGUCUGGUCGUUGGAACAAUUAUCGUAAGUUGUUAUCAACAAAUGGACCGUUAUCAAGUGAUCAAUUUGAAGCAGAUCCUAAUGGUUAUGAUUUCUUGAGAGAAAAUAUAAAGAUACUGGUCGUUGGUGCAGGAGGCCUGGGAUGUGAGUUGUUAAAAGACUUGGCAUUGACAGGAUUUAAACACAUCGAUGUUAUUGAUAUGGAUACCAUAGAUCUUUCAAAUUUAAACAGACAAUUCUUGUUCAGGCAAAAAGACAUUGGAAAAUCUAAAGCUGUUGUAGCUGCACAAUUUAUUAACAAUCGAGUUAAAGGCUGCUGCGUAAAGCCUCAUUACUGUAAAAUACAAGAUUUUGAUGAAGAAUUUUAUCGAGGUUUCAAUUUUGUUGUGUGCGGGUUGGAUUCAGUUGUUGCCAGACGAUGGAUCAAUGGAAUGCUGUUGAGCCUUUUGCAAUAUGACGAUAGUGGUCAGCUUGAUCAAACUUCUGUUGUACCAUGGAUAGAUGGUGGAACUGAAGGUUUCAAAGGAAAUGCCAGAGUUAUAAUGCCAGGUCUCACUGCUUGUAUCGAGUGUAAUUUAGAUUUAUUUCCUCAGCAGGUGAAUUAUCCAAUGUGUACCAUUGCUGAUACUCCACGUCUUCCAGAACAUUGCAUAGAAUAUGUGAAAAUCACAAUGCCGAAAGAAAAGCCUUUUGAUGGUGUGAAUAUCGACGGAGACCAUCCUGAACACGUUAAAUGGAUAUUCGAAAAAGCUUAUAAUAGAGCAUCGCUGUACGGUAUUGAAGGUGUGACGUACAGGUUAACGAAAGGUGUCAUCAAAAAUAUCAUUCCUGCAGUCGCGUCCACAAACGCUAUUAUCGCGGCAAUGUGUGCAGCAGAAGUGCUGAAGGUCGCCACAUUUUGUUACGCUCCGAUGAACAAUUAUACAAUUUUUAACGACGCACAUGGAGUAUAUACAUACACAUUUGAAGCUGAGAAAAAAGAUAAUUGCCCAGCUUGCUGUUUGAAACCAGUUGACGUGUCUCUGAAAAAUGAGUCGACUUUGAAAGACUUUUUGCAACAUCUUAAAGACAAUCCGAUGUUGCAACUCAAAUCUCCGGGCGCGACUACCAUACUGGACGGAAAGAAUAAAACAUUGUAUAUACCGAAUAUUCCCUCUUUAGAAGAAGCUACUCGGGAAAAUUUACCUAAAACUUUACGAGAGCUUGGUCUGAGCAAUAAUCAGGAAAUUACCGUCACUGACGUAACGUCACCGAAACCUCUUCGUAUUAGACUUUCUUAUUUAAAUUUGUAAAUUUUAUUCUUUUUUUUUUUUUUCUUCUUUUUUGAAAAUUACUUUGUUAAUAUGAAGAACUUGUUUUUAAUAUCCAAUCAAUCUA